CGAUGCGAAAUGUCAGAAGGGGAAAGUCUUCAGAUUUCUUUUCAGAUUUUAUUCCUUCAUAUCUGGUCAUGCUUAAAACUCUACCUCAUCGGAGUAUACGCAUUGCUUAAAGAACUAGCAGAGAAAACAGUAGUACCUGUGUUUGAGGAUACCAGUGAUGGACUGGUAGCCAUAGUAACAGGGGGAGCAUCUGGCAUUGGAUAUCAAGUUACCAGGAAAUUGGCUCUGAAAAAUGUCCACGUUUUCAUAGCUGGCAGAAGUAAGCAGGAAGCUGAUGAAGCUAUAGCGAAGAUCAGAGCUGAACUGUCAACAGUUAGAGUUCAAUUCCUACACCUGGAUCUAGCAUCUCUGACAUCUGUCCGGUCAUUCGUAGAGAACUUCCAGCACACAGGGUUGCCGCUGCACAUCUUGAUCAACAAUGCUGGGGUUAUGCUGGUUCCCUACUCUGAAACCGAAGAUGGACUGGAGACUCACUUCCAGGUGAACUACCUGUCUCACCUGUACCUCACGUCGCUGCUGCUGAACAAGCUGAAAGCCUCUGGUAAACCAGACAGGUGUGCUCACAUCAUCAACGUGUCCUCCGUUGUACACUGGGUUGCUGAUGCCACCGACAUCCAGCCAAGCCACACAAGUAUAUCUUCGUACUCCCCACAUUCGGCAUACGCAAGUUCCAAACUUGCUGUGAUUAUGUCAACCUACAUACUCAGCCAGUUGCUGAAGGGAGAUAACUCUAAUGUGACUGCCAACUGUCUCCAUCCUGGAGUUGUCAAUACAAAUUUGUAUGACAAUAUACACUGGUCAGUUCGAUGGGUCAUGGAUAUAAUGCGUCAUCUGUUCUUCAAGAAUGCCAUUGAAGCUGCUAACAGUGUGGUGUUCUUGGCACUCUCUCCCUUGGUUGAAAGUCAUACUGGAGGUUACUAUGACAACUGCAAAGUCAGCCAAUCAAAGCACUGUACUUACUCUAAGACAUGUCAAUAUAAUUUAGAAAAAAUGUCUUGUGAACUUCUGGGUAUUCAGAGUUUCAGUCAGACAUCCUGACCAAAUGACUGUCACCAUUUUUGUAUUACCAAUAUAUUUAUUUAUAGUCCUAGUCUGUUGGAGCGAAUAUUGAUGGCACUGAUGCAACCUUUGUUCCCUUUUGUCCUUGAAUCCUCAUUGGAUUUGUCUUUCUGGGGAAUAAUUUGAGCGGAAACUGAUCUUGUAUUAAAAACUUUGUCUUCGAGAAAGAUAGAUCAAUUUGAUGCUCAAUACUGAUUACAAGUUGAUCCAAAUAUUAACAUUUGUCUCGCUAUCUUGGUUUGAUGUUGGAUUUCCAGACAAGAACAAAUUGCCUUGCCAUUCUGAUCACAGCUUCACUAUCACCAUCAUCCCGCUGACGAACCUGCUUGAGUUUGGUGACAGAGGACACACUGUCUGUUUUGGCCCAAUACAGACACAAUGCCAUUACAUUCAAGUCACCAGUUGUGACAACGUAAACAUCUUUUCCCUUUGACCGUCGAAGAUGGCUACAGGAAGAUCUGGGCUAAUACCCAUGGUGAACUGAGCCAUCCCAGAUCAUCACACACAUGAAUUGGGGCUUUGGCACUCAACGCCAACAGCUCUGUCAAGGACAUUGGUCCAAGGAUGUUUUUCUUAGUGCAACUUCAUCACCUUCGGCCCCUGGGAUCUGUCAGUCGAAGACAUCAAUGGAGUGCACAUAUUCCGGCCUCUGAAUUUGUCGACAUCAACACAGAGGUAGAGGUGCGACGAUCUGAGAUGCCCCAAGCUGUUACCCUUGCAUGUUAGGUAUUGGAUGAUUGCCUAACUCAGUACCAAGAAUAUUGCAUAUCGUAAGGGCAACAACGGUUCCUGAUGUUUUGAGCAACAGUUGCAACAUAAUCUGGAUCAACUUAUCACCUGUCCUUGGUCGAAAGAUGGCGAAUACUGGGGAGCAGGCUGGGAGGAAGGUGGUUGGAAUACGUGUUCGAGUGAAUGUUCUACUUUGUUCUAAACUAUUGAUAGAGUGAGUGAGUGACUUUAGUUUUAAGCCGCCUUUAGCAAUAUUCCAGCAAUAUCACGGCAGCAUUUUAUGAUCGAAGAUGGGAGAGAUACGGAUACUAUUGUGUCAAUAUAAGUGUAGAAAUAAGGGGACAUCCUGUGUUUCAGUACCAUUGAUACAGUUAUGUAUUUGAGUGACCCUGUAUAUGUGUGUUUUCUAUUGUAUUAUACAUGUGUUUCAGUACUUUAGUACAAUUACAUACUGUGUCGUCUUCUCAAGUCAUAUUUCUACUCACUGCUCAAAACUAUCGUCAAACAUAUGACUUAUAUGAAAAGAAUACCGACUCAACGUGCACUGGCAUAUGAAAACUUGGCUGACAGCCUGACACACAUGCUCGUUAAAGCGGAUAUAUGUGGCUAGAUUUUUUUUGGUACACACGAAAGAACUAAGUCGGGGAAAAGCGACCGUAGGUCAAAAAUAUUAAAUUGAAUGUAACCGAAUACAAUAGCUGUUAUCUCUACUGUCAUUUUAUGGGCAUUUGUCUCUGCAAGAUUAAGAAGACAGCCAAUGUACAGUUACGUCAUGUAUAUUUUGAUUUCAUGUAAUGUAUUUGCUAAAAUAUAAUAUAUCGUUUUGA